CUCAGUCUGGUUCUGGUCCACAAAGAGCUGAUGAAGACCAUGAUGAUGAUGAAGAUGAUGCUCGUCCUCUCUGGUGUCUUCUGUGUCUCAGCUGACGUUUUACAUGAGGGCAUCCGUGUCAGUGGCUGUUCUGACUCUGAUGAAGAGUACAUGUUCGGUGUGGAUGGAGAAGAGAUCUGGUACGUAGACCUCAAGCAGGGAAAAGGAGUCAAACAUUUCCCCAGCUUUGGGGUUCCUGUGGACCUACCAGGAGCUUAUGAAGUCGCUGUGGCUGAUCUACAGUCCUGCAGAAAUAUCCUGAAAAUGGAUCGGGAAGCCUACAAGGACCUCCCACUGGAGCGAGAUCCUCCUUCCAGUCACAUGAUCUACCCCAAGGACGCCGUGGAACUGGGAGAGAACAACUUGCUCAUCUGUCAUGUGACUGGUUUCUUUCCUGCUCCAGUGACGUUCUCCUGGACAAAGAACCAGGAGAACGUCACUGAGGGAACCAGCAGGAACCUUCCCUUCCCCAACAAGGAUGGAACCUACAACCAGUUCUCCACCCUUGAGUUCACCCCAAAGCUGGAAGACAUCUACAGCUGCAGGGUGGAACAUCUGGCCCUGAACCAUCCACUGGUCAAGUUCUAUGAUGUGAAGGUGUCUCAGCCCAGCGUUGGACCAGCGGUCUUCUGUGGAGUCGGUCUGACUGUUGGUCUCCUCGGAGUGGCUGCUGGAACCUUCUUCCUCAUCAAAGGAAACGAGUGCAGAUGAUUGGGUUGAUGAACUUCAUCGUACAGGCGUCUCAUCUUCAUCGUCUUCAUCAUCUAAUCCAGUCUAAUUAAUGUUGUUAAUGAUCUCUGAUUCUUGUUGAAUUAUUGAAUAUAUCUUCCGCUCUUAUUUUGAAAUAACGACAGUGUAGAGAUGAUCUAAAUUUUAUUGUUUUCACAUUCUUGACUUCUGUUUCUUGCAAUAAUGAACUCUAAAAUAAGAAGUUAGACCAGUUGACCUUUGACCUCUGCUUCUGUCUCAGCAGCUUUUAACGGUUUAAAAACAUGUGUUGAAACUAUAAGAACUA